GACGAUUUGCGUCAGUCGAUGUGGAAUAUCGGCGUCUCUGUGUACCAUGGCAGACGUGGUGAAGGAAGCGGUGUCCCAAUUGCAAGAAAAUUUGACAGAAAACGCGAAUAAUGGCACAAGUAGACCACCGGCAACCCCUGAGGGGAUGGCAGUCGCAUACGGAAGUCUCGUUAUUAUGGCUCUUCUACCAAUUUUCUUUGGGUCAUUCCGUUCUGUGAGACACCAUAAGGAGCAGAAGGAGUCUGGAGAGAAACCUGAGACUAUGUCACACAAAGAUGCUGCGAUGUUUCCUCUUAUAGCAAGUGUUGCUCUCUUUGGUUUGUACAUCUUCUUCCAGAUCUUCUCUAAAGAAUACAUUAACCUGUUGUUGACGGGUUACUUCUUCUUCCUUGGUGUCCUAGCUUUGUGCCAUCUUUUGAGUCCUGUGAUCAGCUCUCUGGUGCCUGCAGCAAUACCUAAUAUUCCAUUCCAUCUUCAUUUUACUCGUGGUGGACCUGAGGCUUCUGAAGAUAUAAUAAACUACCAGUUUUCCUCGCAUGAUGUUGUUUGCCUAAUAUUCUGUUCGAUAAUUGGAGCAUGGUAUCUUAUCAAAAAGCACUGGGUAGCCAACAAUUUAUUUGGCAUUGCCUUUGCCAUCAAUGGUGUUGAACUGCUGCACUUGAACAAUGUUGUCACUGGCUGCAUCCUCCUGUGCGGUCUGUUUAUCUAUGACAUCUUCUGGGUUUUUGGGACUAAUGUGAUGGUCACAGUUGCUAAAUCAUUUGAAGCUCCUAUCAAACUUGUAUUUCCCCAAGACUUCCUGGAGCAAGGGCUAGCAGCUAACAACUUUGCUAUGCUUGGAUUAGGAGAUAUUGUAGUUCCUGGUAUCUUCAUUGCAUUGCUGCUACGGUUUGACAACAGCUUGAAAAGAAAUUCUAACACAUAUUUCUAUGCAACAUUUGUUGCAUACUUUCUUGGACUCAUGGCUACAAUAUGUGUAAUGCAUAUAUUCAAGCAUGCACAGCCUGCAUUGUUGUAUCUUGUUCCUGCCUGCUUAGGAACCCCGUUGUCUCUAGCUCUUGUGAAAGGUGACAUCAAGGCAAUGUUCCAGUAUGAAGACCACCCUUCGGAAAAACAACCAGAAGCUGCAGAAGAUAAAACCAGUAAAAAAGAGAAAUGAUUUAAAAAAAAAAGACGUGUAUCUAAAUACAGGUGCAGAGACAUUUAUUUCAUUCCUGAACGCUACUUAAUUUACGCACUUGAAAAGUCCUUUAAGCAGUGCUAAAGUACAUUGAAUCUAAAAAUGUAAGGCAGAGAUGACAGUAUGCAUUCAGGAAGCCAGAAUUCCAGAACUUCUCGAAUGAAGACAACUGUCAAACUUUCAGUAUUGAAAAUGCACACAAGAGGUACAAAAAAGUUUUCAAAUGUUUUCCAGUCUUUUGUACUUAGCAAUUAGUACCUCUGUGAGUGAAAAUGAUUCCAUGUAAAUGCUUCCUUUUAAUGUGACCUCUGAAACACAGCAUCCUCAAUGCUGUUGCCAAGUUUCAGUGGGUUUUGUAAAAUUGUACAGCUGUGAAAUUGACUGUGAAUGCUAUUGUUUAUGGAAUUUGUUUAUAUAAUUUUACCAUUAAAAUUUUAUGUACAUCUA